ACACCUCCAGUUCAUUUUUUUCUCUGCAGUCACUCGCAGGCGGUAAAGAUUCCUGCUUACUUUACCUACUUCUAAUGUCUAUUAGUACUGGAUUUGAACUGGAUAGAAAUGCAUUACCUGCAACUCUAAAGGAUUUUCCUGUGACUGACAGUUCAAGUAUCAGCUGCUGUUCUACCGUUUUGAGGAGAGCUGAUCCAAGGCCCAGGCAUAAUGGAAUCCAAUCUAUCUUUGCUCUCAUCCUUGAAAGAGGACUUCAGCCCUGAGGAUUACAUCCUGCCACAUUAUAAGGAAGCUUAUCGGUUAGCUAUUGACGUUCUGGUCAGUGGUGGCAAACAAGUAUAUCAGGAAUUCCUCCAUGCUGAGAAAAUCGCAAGCUUCCUUUCUGAGGAAGAAAUUGACUUCAUAACUCAGAAUACAGAACAACUAGCUGUCAGUGAGGACGAAGAGGAUGUUGACAGCACCAGGGACAACUCCACAGGGACAUACUGGCCCACAGAUUCUGAUGCUCCUCCCCCAGACCUGGAUCUCGGUUGGCCAGAGGUCAUGCAUAACAGAUUCCAGACCAACAUAAACAUCCUUUACCAUCCACCCAGGUUAAACAGUCCCACCAUCAAGGAAUCACUGAGGAGACAUAUCCAAGAUGCCAGACAGGUCAUUGCAAUCGCCAUGGAUGUGUUUACCGAUGUAGACAUUUUUAAAGAGGUAGUCGACGCGUCAAUCCGAGGCAUUCCUGUGUACAUCCUUUUGGAUCACAGCCAUUUGAAAAGCUUUCUCAAUAUGACGGCAAAUCUUGACAUUCAAAUUCAAAAACUCAGGAACAUGAGGGUGCGCACAGUGCAAGGUCAGGAGUAUGUUUGCAAAUCAGGAGCUAAAUUCCGUGGAGCCAUGGGACAGAAAUUUCUCCUAGUUGACUGCCAAACAGUAUUUUUUGGAUCAUACAGUCUCAUGUGGUCCUGUGAAAAGAUCCACCUGAAUAUGGUUCAAGUCAUAACAGGAGAGUUAGUGGAGUCUUACGACGAGGAGUUCCGGACUCUUUACGCCCGCUCCAAUAUUCCAGUCGAGUUCCAGUUUCAGGACAUCUUGUCAGAUCGAUGGAUGAAUGGCAAAACUGAGAAUUACCUUGGUCGUCCCAUCCGAGCUUUUGAAAGAAAGGAUCACUUGAGGCACACACUUGACUCUGUAUAUCGCCAAACCUGUGAGAGACAAGCAGGCAUUAGGGGCGUACGGGAAGAGCUUCCCAUCCCUCACCAUAGUAGAUUUCUUCAAGAUGCACUGGAGUUCAACAAGCGGCACAGCUAUGCAGGGGAACCCCGAGAGCCCGCACAUAUCAUUCAGCAGUCCAGGUAUGGCAGCAGUAACUGGAAUGUGGCUGAAGACAUCAGGGGCUAUGGAGGAAACCAUCCUACUCUUAUGGAGAACCCCUAUGGAAGCACAAGAUUAAACUUCCUUAACAGGACAGCUAACUAUCGCCAGUCCUACCAUGGUCAUGAUAAACAGGUGCAUUCGAUACAGCAGACCAUGCCAAGUUUGGCAAGUACCUCCAAGUCAUUUCUGCGCACAUGGAGGAUAGAAUCCUACCUCAAAAACUGUGACGCACCCAUUGGAGAACCAUAUGAAUAUCUUGACCAAUACGAGAUGGACAACAAACCUGUUCCUGUGAUGCCUUCUCGUCUUAGGUCAUCCCUGGUAUUCAGGUCCAUUAUCCCAGAGGAUUCAGAACCCAACAAUUACACAAAUGAUUCCAUAUCAUCAGUACUCCGUGAGGAUCAAUUUGGAAUACAGCCAGGUUCACAGUACUAUUCAACACAAUGGAACCAAGCAGAUUUACGGGACAAUCGAGCCCAACCUGAUGAAUUUAUGUUAAAGAGACGGAGUAUACAGGUCCCAGAGCACUCUGGAAAAAACUUUGGCUUUGGCUCAGGACGAGAGAUACUAUAUGCUAGCCUUGGCAGAGCUAAAAAUCGAUUUAAUGUUAAAGAGCCUGAGCUCCCACAAGACAAUUUGUACAAAAGGCACAGUGUAGCAGACCCUCGGCAUAAUACAUACAAUAAUAGUAAUAAUAAAGAACCUUCCAGCCAUCUGUAUGCACACCUGUCGAGAAAUGAAACAGACAAAGGUCCGGUUCUUGAGAACUCAAUAAGUGGAGGAUAUACCCAAAACCUCAAUGAGGACCAGAGAUCCCUCUCACAUUAUGAUGUCAAAACAGCUGAAAGCAACAAUGUGCAACACUCUAUGUGGCAAGAACCUCCCUUAAGGACCGUAUCAGCAACAGGUCUAGAAGUGGAGGAUAUCAACCAGAACAAACCAAGCGUAAUAUCACCCUUUAAAAAGGGUACCAAGAAAAUCAAAUCCCUUCUAAACAUUCCAGAGAAGCGGGACAGCUCGCCAAAAAGGAAGAACAAUUCAAGCCUUAAAGUAUGUGGCAGCACUGACACCAUUCUUUCUGAUGACACAGAGAAACGACAGAGCCCUACAACCAUUUCUAUGAAGUCCAGUGACAGCAGCAUGUUGAAAAGGACAAAUGGGAGGAUCUCUGGAACACAGUACAAUGCUGCCUUGACCGGAGAAUCAUCUGCUCCUCGUUUUAGUACAGACGAGCUCCAGGGUGAUGGGUCUGUAAAAGCGGCAGAUCGGCUGUAUUCCAACAGUCAGGAGAAUAAAAGAAAUUUGGUACAGACCACCGCCACAAGUCGGUGGCCACAAGAGCAAGUUCGAGUGAAUAGGGUGUACAGUCGUUUUGAGCCUCUUUGCUCCUUUGAGAGUAAAAAUACCUCUUCAGGACAGGGCACCACUAUGUCCAUAAAUAAAUCAGACAGAAACAGAAGCUCUUUCCUUACAAGAGGAACAACAAGCAGUGAUCAGAGCAACCAUAUAACUCAACAUACACAUGGUCAUGAAAAUAAAUUUGGACGCUUCAUACAGAGGGUUGGAAAUUUAAUAAACAAGAAUAAGUAAUGUAGAUGUAGAUAAAAGCAAAGAUCUGCUUUCUUGGAGUUUUUUAAUUGCCACCUCAUUGAAAGAGGAAAAACAAUUCCCUUGAAAUAUUUUAUCAUAGUAAUUGUACAGACUUUGCCUUGGUGUAAUAUAAUAAUGAGUGCAAUAAAUUAUAGUGGACUACUUGUGUUGGAGCACUGAAAUCGAACCCUACAUCCCAUGCACCGUCUCCUGAGGAUAAUCCUGUAUUGCCCUCAUGUUUUAGGUCAUCCCUUAUUUUCAGGUCCGUCACACCAGAAUCUCCAGUAUUUAUGUAUGUAUCAAUUUGGAAUACAGUCCGCGUGCACUAUAUGACUCUUCAGUGCAAUCAAGAAUUAGUCAAUAGAUAUGUUCAAACACUCCACUCCCCACAUGGACGUCGGUUUGCCUGCUGUCACCUGAAAUGUUUACAUUCGUAAUUAAAUUUCUUUUUUAAAUAGUGUUUUGACCUCAUGUGGAAAUGUUCAGAAAGGGAAACUUCACUCAGUGGAUACUUUAACGGCUUUAUACCCUGCAAUGACCAAUUUUGUGAAGAGGAAAUCAUACUAAAGUCCAUUGUGCCUUAAAACUUUGUUUCUGAGCAGGUAUAAGAUGCAACAAAAUCUUUUCCAUAAUGCAUGAUAUGUUUUUACAAUACACUGCGGAAGUGCCAACAAACUGUCAGAGUUCAGGGAGAAUUUGAUUUUGCUCUUUUUACAAACAACUACAUUAUUUAACAAGGACAAGGACAGGAAAAUAUACAGUUUUUACAUGCUGCAAUGAAUAAGAAUGGAGAUAUACAAGCGCAGGUAUAUAUAUAUAAUGUGACAUAUCGCUAUAUUUAUAUUAUAGCAUAAUAUCAUAGCCCUAGCCAACACUGAUGCUGUGAUGAUAAGUUCGUAUCAGAAAAAAUACACAUUUAAACAGAUGAAUGCCGGGUAAGAUCAUUCUCAUCCAGAAAACCUCUACAAAUGUCUGAACUGUGAGCUUGUGACCUUUCUACAAACUGAUUGCUUUGUUGCUUUGUUACUGCAGAGGAUGGGGGAAAAAAUCCAUAUUUUAAUGUUUGGACUUUAAGUCCAGGGAUAAUGCGGGAGGUCAAAGGAGAUGAGGUAACCUCUACAACAAGAUUAUAGUGAUUCAUUCUCAUUCAUAGAACUUCAAUUUUUUUUUUCAAGCAGUACCAUUUAUCUGCAUUCUUAUGCAAUGCAUCAGUUUCCCCCCACUUUAAUUUUUAGGACUCGCCAGACAUUCAUCCUUUGGUAAUGUCAUUUCUCAACCAAAACCAAUCUCUUUGACACAAGCUCACUGUACAGAGGUUGUAUUUGAAAAAUCACCAAGCGCUUUAUGGAAAAGAAUCUAGAGAUAAACACUGAAUGCCUAAAAUUGUCUCCUGUCUUACUGAAAUAACAAAUGAAACUUGAAACUUUCAAAUAUUUUGAGCCAUUUUUUUUUAGCAAUUUAUUCUUAAAUCAAAUUGUAACUGAACAUUGUUUCAAAUACACAAUAAACACAAUAAACAAUAAAAAUCCCUUCGAGUCCCUCUGAUGCCAAACAUCACUCUUGCAAAGAACUCUUUUUUAUUUAUUUAUUUAUUUAUUUUAUCUGGCAGUGUAAUCUCUGCAAACACUGAAGUAUAAGAGUAUGAGUUGAAUACUGAAGUAGCGUCCUUGAUUAUCUGAUUGUUUGAAAUUGCUCCUUGUAACACAAUUAAAACAAUUAUAAUAGUAAAAAUAGGCAGCUGGUGGCAAAAUCGAUGACGCACAGGGGUGUGCUAUUGAAGUAGAUAGCUGUAUUUAACCUAAUUACACUAAGAAAGAUAACAACAUAUUUAUCUCAAAACCCUGACAUUUUAACAGGGGUGUGUCGAUUUUUUAUAUCUGUGGUACGAGACUAAAAACAUUUUUUAUCAGUGAGAGUCACAGCAGAGAGAGAAUUCAAGAGUUCUCACCAAUGCUAUCUUUAAAAAGUAGAACGAUAUGGCAUGCUUCGAGCCGUGAAAUAAAAUUAUUUCAUAUAACACAGAUGGCUGAAUUUCCCAUAGCUUAUGCUACAAAUGUGCACUUUUUACACACGCAUAAUGAGGCGUUGGUGUGCAAAAACCUGCAUCAUUACUAGGAUUUUCAUUAAGGGAUGUGCAGCGCACUAGGGAGUGUACAUGUCACUGCACAUACUGACAAGAUCAGUAAUAUAGGUCUCUUUGAAAUAAAAAAAUUAAUCCUAAGACUAAUUAGCCAUGGAGCUGAUUUGCUACCCAGCGUUCAUCCUUCAAAAUAGAAAUAAAUAAAUAAACAUAUGUUGCUUCAUAAAGUGUAGCAGUUGCGAUUUUUAGUUUUAUCAAUUUUGCUAUUCGCACCACCACCUCCGCUUACAGCUCCAUCUAUUUUCCUUU